GGCGCGCGCUCGCAGGUGCGGCGGCGGUGUCGGCGGCGACGGCGGCGGGGGGUUCGAGCUGCGCGGCCGGCGGAGGGUUCGCGGCCCCUGAGCGCGCCGCGGAAGGGACCCGCUCCGGGAGCCCGGCCACAGCCUGCGUCCUCGCGACCAGGCGGUGGCGCUGCAGCGGAGGGGCUCGGGCACGGGGCCCGUCGAGACCCGGGACGGCGGGACGGCCGAGCCAGGAGCCGCGGGCCCGGGUUACCAGAUGGUGGAUUUAACUGUACUUCUAUGAAGACAUGCCGUAUGUCCUUCCUGAUUCCAGAACCAACAUGUCCAGACUUUUGCCACCUUAGCAGAGUAGGGCUUGGUGACAACACUUUCCGGGAAUCAGGCGUGGUCUGACCCAGGAACAGGAAGAACAUUAUCACCAAUGACAUCAUGACAGCAAGAGAGCCCAGCCCUCGCCAUGGCGCCAAGGCCCGUGCCAUGCAGCGGGCUUCUACCAUUGAUGUGGCCGCUGACAUGCUUGGCCUCUCUCUGGCAGGAAAUAUACAAGAUCCAGAUGAGCCCAUCUUAGAAUUCAGCUUAGCUUGCAGUGAGCUUCAUACUCCGUCGCUAGAUCGAAAACCAAAUAGUUUUGUGGCUGUGAGUGUGACCACACCCCCUCAGGCAUUCUGGACAAAGCAUGCACAGACGGAGAUCAUCGAGGGAACCAACAACCCUAUAUUUUUAAGCAGUAUUGCCUUCUUUCAAGACUCUCUCAUCAAUCAGAUGACACAAAUAAAACUCUCCGUAUAUGACGUCAAAGACAGAUCUCAGGGAACAAUGUAUUUGCUGGGCUCUGGAACAUUCAUUGUCAAAGAUCUGCUCCAGGACAAGCAUCACAGGCUGCAUUUAACACUAAGGUCUGCAGAGAGUGACAGAGUUGGUAACAUCACUGUGAUUGGUUGGCACAUGGAGGAGAAGUCAGACCAGCGGGCCCCCGCGACCCGUUCUGUGGACACUGUCAAUGGAAGGAUGGUUCUGCCUGUUGACGAAAGCUUGACAGAGGCAUUGGGAAUUCGAUCCAAAUACGCUUCCUUGAGGAAAGACACUUUACUGAAAUCAGUGUUCGGUGGUGCCAUCUGCCGCAUGUACCGGUUCCCCACAACGGACGGCAACCACCUGCGGAUCCUGGAGCAGAUGGCAGAGAGCGUGCUCUCUCUGCAUGUGCCCCGGCAGUUUGUGAAGCUCCUGCUGGAGGAAGAUGCAGCCAGAGUGUGUGAACUGGAGGAAUUGGGGGAACUGUCACCAUGCUGGGAGAGCCUCCGGCGCCAGAUUGUCACGCAGUACCAGACCAUCAUCCUCACCUACCAGGAAAACCUGACUGACCUCCAUCAGUACAAAGGUCCGUCUUUCAAAGCAAGCAGUUUGAAAGCAGAUAAAAAGUUAGAAUUUGUCCCUACAAAUUUGCACAUACAAAGGAUGAGAGUUCAGGAUGACGGAGGAUCAGAUCAGAACUACGACGUUGUCACCAUCGGAGCGCCCGCUGCUCACUGCCAGGGCUUUAAGUCAGGAGGUCUUCGCAAAAAGCUGCACAAAUUUGAAGAGACCAAGAAACACACAUCAUCUGGCUGCCAGUCCAUAAUCUACAUCCCACAGGACAUUGUCCGAGCUAAGGAAAUCAUUGCCCAGAUCAACACCCUGAAAACUCAAGUGAGUUACUAUGCAGAGCGGCUCUCAAGAGCAGCCAAGGACAGAUCUGCCACUGGCCUGGAAAGGACACUCGCCAUCUUAGCAGACAAGACCCGGCAGCUGGUCACAGUCUGCGACUGCAAGCUUCUGGCCAGCUCCAUCCACGGGCUGAACGCGGCACGGCCCGACUACAUUGCCUCUAAGGCCUCACCCACCUCGACGGAGGAAGAGCAGGUGAUGCUCAGAAACGACCAGGACACCCUCAUGGCCAGGUGGACAGGCAGGAACAGCCGCUCUUCUCUGCAGGUAGACUGGCACGAGGAAGAGUGGGAGAAAGUGUGGCUGAACGUGGACAAGAGCCUGGAGUGCAUCAUUCAGCGGGUGGACAAGCUGCUGCAGAAGGAGCGCCUGCAGGACGAGGGCUGUGACGAUGUCUUCCCUCCCGCCGGCAGCAGCACCAGCAAGAAAGGUAACCAAGGCAGCCGCGCCUACUGGAUCCGCCCGGAGGAUGCCUGCUCCGAUGGCCCCUCCUCGCCAUGCCCCUCCGCCAUUCCCUCUGCUGCAUGCCAUCCUCACCCGACCACAUAUUGCAGCCCCCCUCCUGAAGAGUCCAGCCCAGGUGCGUGGAGCGAGGCCCUCUACCCGCUGCUGACCACCCUUACCGACUGCGUGGCCAUGAUGAGCGACAAGGCCAAGAAGGCCAUGGUGUUCCUGCUGAUGCAGGAUAGCGCGCCCACCAUCGCCAGUUACCUGAGCCUGCAGUACCGCCGCGACGUGGUCUUCUGCCAGACCCUGACAGCUCUCAUCUGCGGCUUCAUCAUCAAGCUGCGCAACUGCCUGCAUGACGAUGGCUUCCUGCGGCAGCUCUACACCAUCGGGCUGCUGGCCCAGUUCGAGAGCCUGCUGAGCACCUAUGGAGAGGAGCUGGCCAUGCUGGAGGACAUGAGCCUUGGCAUCAUGGACCUGAGGAAUGUCACCUUCAAAGUCACACAGGCCACUUCGAAUGCAUCGACUGACAUGCUGCCGGUCAUCACUGGGAAUCGCGAUGGGUUUAAUGUGCGGAUCCCUCUGCCUGGCCCCCUCUUUGACUCCCUGCCUCGAGAGAUCCAGAGUGGCAUGCUGCUGCGGGUUCAGCCUGUCCUCUUCAACGUCGGCAUCAACGAACAGCAGACGCUGGCCGAGAGGUUUGGUGACACAUCUUUGCAAGAAGUUAUCAAUGUGGAGAGUUUGGUGCGGCUAAAUUCUUACUUUGAGCAGUUUAAGGAAGUUUUGCCAGAGGACUGCCUACCUCGAUCCCGGAGCCAGACGUGCCUCCCGGAGCUGCUACGAUUCCUGGGUCAAAACGUGCAUGCCAGGAAGAAUAAGAAUGUGGACAUUCUCUGGCAAGCUGCUGAGAUCUGCCGCCGCCUUAAUGGGGUCCGGUUUACCAGCUGCAAGAGUGCCAAGGACCGUACAGCCAUGUCUGUGACACUGGAACAGUGCCUCAUCCUGCAGCACGAGCAUGGCAUGGCCCCGCAGGUGUUCACACAGGCACUGGAGUGUAUGCGCAGCAUUGGAACACGGGAGGUGGUCACCCAGAAGAACUUGAGCGGCCUGGUGCCCAUCCGAGACUUAAGACUAGACCCCAGCCUCCUCUGUUCCAUCCCUCUGUUAGCUCUGAGCCCCAAUUUACUGAUUGUGUGGCUCUUUCUGAGCAUAGCAUACCUGCUGUCCAAAUUGCGUUGCAAAUGAAUGCCAUGAUGAAAAAUUAACACUAAGUCACGAGCAAAACAAAAGUGCCAGAAUAUGUCCAGCCGCCAUGUACCUAACUGGACAGAAGGAAUGUGUCAAAGCGUGGUCUGCCAAGAAAUAGUUUAUGCCUUACGAUUUGGCUUUUUGUUGUUCUGAACUGUACAUAUACCUGCCAAAUUAUUUCACCAAGAGGACUUGUUGGUUUAAAGUCUGCAGCUCUGAGUGCUUGUAACAUGUUUUCACAGUGCCCUGUUGCCACAUUGUUGAGCUCACCUGGAAGUACUUGUACUCAAGCUCUUACUUUCUGAUGUAAAACUCUUUAUUACCUGUAUAUUUCAUGUGCCCUGUUUCCAAGAGAAAGGAAUUCUGUCUGAAAAGCAUUUGUAUAUUUGAUACUCUUCUUUAUUUAAAUGUACUGCUAAUCUUUCCUUUCCUUUUGAAAAGAAAUGAAAAGGGUAGAUGCUUUCUAACUGGCUCCUCUAGAUAAACCUAUUUAAUAGGACAGGUACUUUCUGCUUUCAUUUCAAAGCGUAGUCUCUUAAAUUACAGUAGCAAACACUUUGCAGAAUCACAUUUCCUUGCUUAUGUUUGUUAUUUCUGAUUUGUAAUGACACAGAGCUAUGACUAGAAUAGCACAUUAUACCAAAUAAGGUACAUAAAAAUAACUUACUGCAUGUGACAUUAAAUGCGCUCUUUUAACUCUUUAAAUAUAUUUAAAUGAUUCCAGAAAUUAGUGCAGAUAGUAGAAAAGGCUAUUAAAAUGGCAUACAUUUUUAAAAUUCAAAUA